AUGAGUCUGAAUACAACUCCGAAGAAGUUAAGGAGGAAACCUCCUCCUUUGAUGGUUUCGGAAGUGGUGGACACUGAUUCCAAUACCUAUUCCGCUCCACUGUCGGCGGUGAGUAACAAUUUCAGUAUCAAUACAAUUGGCACAGGUCCUUCCACAUAUUAUGAUCAACAAACUCCAUUCCGUUCCCCAGGGAUAAACGAUUAUAAAUAUACCCAAAAUAUCGGUAGAUCACCACGAACACUCAAAGGACCACAAGCUUUAUUCGAUCCUUCUAUCAAUGAAGAAGAAAUCGUAAGUAUGGGAACUCCAAAACCAAUGGGACCUAAAGAAUUACCUGAGUAUUAUGAUGAUUCAAUGACCCAUCAAUUCGAUGAUGAUGACACUCCACCAUACCCAAUUUCUGACCCUGUGGAAGAAUUGAUCUCACAAACUAAUAGUUUGUCACCUUUUGAGACUCGAAGUAGGAAUAACGAUAUACUAAACCAAUCCUUGACUACUCCCACCAAAAUCCCAUCAUUAUAUAAUCACACAUCAUUGAGUCCUGAACUAUUGUCAGGUAGACCUCCAUUGAUCAAUAGAUCCAAUUCUCCGUCACCUACGAGGAAUCACACAUUCAAUGGUAGAAAUGUACCUACCAAUUCCUUCCCAAGAUCUCAAACAUUAUCCAUUCCUCGAAACCCAAGUCCUGAAAGACCUGGUCGUGGUGCUAGUUCAAGAUCUCCUUCGCCUAAGAAAGUGUAUGGAAGAUCACCAUCUUUGAUGUAUGACUUUGAAAUGCCUGAAACCUAUGAAGACAAUGAUUAUGAAGUAGACAAUACUUAUUAUGGUGAAGAACAUGUUAGUUAUGAAAUGUAUGAUGACGAGGAUUAUUAUGACGAUGGUAAUGAAUCACCUACUUCCAAAUUGUUUGAUUUUUCAAUGUUACCUGAUUUACCUUCAUCCAGUGCUACGGGUACCUCACCUACCAAAAGAAUGACUUUACAUUCAGCUAUCAGUUUUGUCAAGGGUCCCAAUUAUGUAGAAGAAGUCAAUAGGAAUGCUACCAUAAGAAAGAAUGAUGCUUUACCUCCAGUACCAUUGGAUUUACCUAAAUUACCUUUUGCUUCCUCAUCGUUGGUGAGUAGUCAUUUUUCAAUGUGUGAAAAUGUUUGGUCUUUAAGUAAGAUAUUCCAAUGGUGUUUGAAAUUAAGAACUUGGUUGCAUGAUCUGUUCAUUCUGAAGAAAGAAUUUAAGAAAGCUUUGAUCAAAUUACUUGUUUAUCACAAAAGAGAUGUGCCAUUGGAGACUUUGGGUCCUAAUGUUGAUCAAAUCAUUGCCACUUUCCUUAAAAUAGGUGCCAUUACCUUCAAUUAUGGUACGUCUCCCGACGAAGAUGGUGUCAAACCAUUACCGGUGCCUGAAGAAAAUAAAACAGGUGCUUCGAGAUCUAACCCUGGUGUCGAGUUACAUGAUGAUGUUGAAGUAACGGGGGUGUUGGUGGACUUGACUAGUUGUUAUUGUUAUGAAAAAGAUCAUCAGUCAGAUAAACUAACUAUCAAUGGAGUUAAAUUGCACUGUGCCUCUUCCAGAUGUUAUAUCAAUAGAGUGUUGGAUUAUGAAAUCAAAUUCCGUCAAACAGAUAUCAGUGAAAUCGUUCUAGGUGAAGAUUGGGCUUCACAUUGGAAAUUGACAGCUGAUGAUUUGAAACGUUUCGAUAAGAAUAUGGCUAAAAGACAAUCCUUAUUAUUUGACUUACUUCGAUAUGAGCAAACCUUCAUCCAAAGAGCUAAAGUUUUCGUUGAAAUCGUUGGCCCUGAAUUCAUCAAGACGGUAAAAAUAUUAAUAGGCUCUUCAGACGUUAUAUCUGUCAAUAAAUUUGAUGAUGACAUUCUCGAACCUGGAAGAGAGCUACUCAAGAUCCAUCAAAAAUCUUUAUUCGAGCCAUUAUUGAAAAUUUUAAUCUCGAACGGUAAGUUCAUCAAAGAUGUGGUGGAUAUUGGUAAUAUCUAUUACAACUGGUCACAAGUUGUGAAACCUUCACUUUUGAGGUACAUUGGAACAAUGCCAAUGAUUGAAGAGUUGAUGAAAAUUCAAAGUAUCAAGAGAUGGGUGGAUACUAAUGUGAGAGAUUUACCAAAAGUCAAGGAAUUGAAGGUAAACGGAUCCUUAUUAUUCAUCAGUACUUUCAAUUCCAGGUACCAACAGUUACCUUUACAAUUGAACGACAUUAAGUCAUCAUUUGAAGACAAUGAUUCUGAAACUUUAGCUUUGAUCAAAGCAAUUGAAGGUAUUAAGAAAACUGCAACCAAAGUUAAUGAAAUGAAGCAUCAUGCUGAUAACAUCCAUUCUUUAAGAAGAAUACAAAAACAAUUGGUUUGGGGUAAAAACAUCCCUCAAAUAAACAUCAAUUUCAAAUCUGAAAAUAGGCAUAUUUUCCAUAGAGGUGAUGUCAAUAGAAAAAGUGAUUUGAAGAUUAGUUCUUCUGCUAACCAUAUAGUACUCCUUGAUAACUAUUUGUUGAUCACAGAAAGAGUCAAAAGCAGUAAAAAUCAUUUGGUAAGUUAUAGGAUCAUUGAAUUGCCUAUACCUAUUGAAUUCCUUCUAGUUGAGGUCAAAGAACGUGAAACUCCGACUAUUGAAUUGAACAAUUUAACAAGGAAUUUGACUUCUUCAUCACCAACCAAUUCUCCUAAACACGAGUCUAAUGAAGACCCUUCAGUGUAUCCUUUCAAAAUCAGGUACGCUGGUCGUGGGAAGAAUAAUUCUUUCACCUUUUUCUCCCGAUCAGAAAGAGAUAGAGAUAUUUGGAUUGAAAGUUUAACUAAAGCCAGAUCCAAUUUAUGUCUUAGAUUGUCAAAGAACGAGCCUUAUGGUGUUAGAUUGAUCUCCAAUACUUGUUUUGCUUAUGAAGAAGCUAAUAGAAUCAAUAAAUUACCCAUAAUAUCCCCCCAUGAUUUAGUGGAACCCAUGAUAAAAGAAUCAUUAAAUGUGUUGAACAACUUGGGUUAUAGUGGAGUUGAUAUUUAUAAUUUCAAUAAUGCUAGUAAUCAUGUUGCUUACUCAACAGUUUUAUCAUCGGCUUCAUUUUUCUUUAAUAAUACCAAAUUUACCUUCAUUGGUACAGCUACUGGAGUUUAUUGUACUGAUAUGAAUAAUGAAUGGAAGAGGAUUAUCCUGGUCAAUGAUACUACCAAGAUAUCAGUAUUACCAACAAUGAACCUUGCGUUGAUGUUGAAUGGAGGAAAUUUGAAAUAUUUCCCCUUAGACGUUCUAAUCAAAUAUUAUUAUGGAAAGAAAGACCUGAUAUCCAGUGUUUCCAUCACCAAUGAAGCUAUUUCAUUCUUUGAAAUAGGCAUCCACAGAGAAAUACAUAUGUUAUUCUUUGCCAAAAAGAAAGGGAACUCCGGUUCCACUAACUUUAAAGUUUAUAUACCAGAAACUGAUAAUGAUGGGAUUUUCAGUUGUUUCAAAUUGGUCAAAAAGUUCUAUGUUCAAGCUGAAUGUUUUGGUAUAUCUAUCUUUAAUUCAUCUUUUGCUGUUCAUACUAGUAAAGGUAUUGAAAUAUUGGAAUUAGAUAAAUUACUACCCAGAUCAAUUCCUGAACUCCCAUUUACUGACAAGAAAAUCGAUGGCUAUACCAGAAGAUCAGAUGAUAAUUCCAAUGAUAUCGAGAAUAUUCGAAGAUUAAUCUAUUCAUCGGGGUCUAAACCUUUAGGAAUGUUCAAAUUGAAUAAUAAUAGUGAGUUCAUAUUGGUGUACAAUGAAUGUGCCAUCUUUAUCAACAAACAUGGGAAACUUUCCAGGUUUAAAAUUUUGAAAUUCGAUUACAAGGCCAAAUAUAUCAAUUUUAUGAACAACCAUUUAUUCGUUGUCUGUGAUGAAGUUAUUGAAAUUUGGUCAAUAAGUGAUUUUGUCAAAGGUACUAAUAGAUUGAUCCAAGUAAUUAUAGGUAAAGAUAUCAAAAUGUUGAAUGAUAAUUUGACAUUAUCAAUGGCUAACCCGUUAAUACCCGGUUUACAAUUAAUAGUUAGUUUGUAUAAUAAGAGUGUAUGA